AUGUCGCAAAAUGAACAAGAGGCAGACCAGAACCAGGCCGAGCGCCUUAAAACCGAACUGUACGACUGUAUCAGCAAAAUUGUGGAUGAGGAGACCUUGAAGCUUGAUGCCAUGGCCACGCCACAGUUCACCAAUGCCCUGCUGGAGCUGGCAUGGUCACAUCUCGAGUCCGCUAUUGUUGACGUAGAGGCUUUUGCCAAGCAUGCUGGCCGGUCAACGGUCACCCCAGCUGAUGUGUUGAUGCUUUGUCGCCGCAAUGAUGGGUUGAACCAGACCCUGCAGACAUACAUGGGGCAUCUGGAGAGCGAGCGCGAGGAAGCCUCUUGA